UUGGAUUUUUCGCGGAAAUUUUAAAUGGACUUAAAAUUUAAUCACGUUAUCACAAUAUAUUGUUUUGUAUAGUCUACAGUCAAGCAUGUUAACAUCAGUUGUGAUUGUUUUCAAGUUGCACGAAUUUAACUAGUUACCGAAUUGAUGGAUCCACUGAUAGGUAAGCGGAAGAAGAGAAAGGUGGAAUGUGUGAACCCGCUGUUUGUGCAGUGGUUAACAGAGUGGAAGGAUGAGGCUGCCGAUAAUGGCUGGAAGACGCAGUACACUUUCAAUAAAGCACUCAAUACUCUGAAGAAGUUUCCGCUUACCUUGUCGUGUGGUAAAGACUGCCGAAUGCUGCAAAACUUUGGAGACAAAAUCUGCAAAAUGUUGGAUGAUCGACUCGCUAAACAUGUGGAAACAUAUGGAACCACAGCUCCUAUAGUAAGAACAGAAUCUGUGAUCACCUCACGAGCUGGUACAGGGAUAUCCACUCACACCACCAGCACUAUUUCAACUAGCACAACCUCACCUAGAAUGGAAAUCUCAGGUCCUCGUAUUGACUCAGGAAUAGUCAGUGACGAAUCGGACGUUGAUGAGCAACCAUCACAACAGAGGAAGCGGCGGAAGUCUUUGGGAAACAAGGCACCGCGGGAGUAUAUUCCAGCCUUCAGGUCGGGACCGUACGCCAUUUUACUGGCUCUCUACAGAAAUGCACAGAAUCCAAAUAGCAUUCAUGACUUUAUGACCCAUACAGAAAUAAUCCAAGCAGCAGAACCAUUGGCCGAUAAUUCCUUUACAGUGCCUGACCCUGGUUGUCGUUACACUGCAUGGUCGUCGAUGGGGACUCUUAUUAAAAAGGGGCUGGUCAUCAAAAACAGCAGUCCAGCUAGGUACAGUUUGACACAGUCUGGUAAAGACUUGGCUGACAGACUGGAAUCAGUUGAUGGCACUUCACCACAUACCGCAGGAAGCGACAGGUCAGCAAUGUCGACCAAUAAAAUCUCUCUGUCAGUCAAAUCACCAGAUGUUGAGAGUCUGUCUGCCAUGGAUGACUGGAACGAUGGCAUGCCCAAUCUUCCAUCACUGGAUCUGCCACAAGUUCUCAGUUCUCAUAAACAGAGUGAACAGCCUGGACUUCCACAGACUUCUAAUAGGUUUCACUUUUGGUUUGUUACUGAUGACAACCGACUUGUUACCAGUAAAGAUGAAGCAGCUGUGUCCAUAGAUGAAGUGAAUUCCAUUAGUUUUCUUGUCAAGUGUAACUAUCAACAGCUGUUAAAAUCAGGCAAGACAUACAAGCUGGAUACGAGUAGGCCGCUAGGUGAUGACGUGUUUGCCUACCUGUGUGAUACGGACGCUGAUGAUAUUGCAUGCCCUCCUUCUGCACCACAACCAGACAAACAAAAGCAAGCUACUGAAUCAGUUAAACCCAAACCACAGAAACCAAGAAAGCUCAACACCACCAACAGAACUGCUGCAGAACCCGUUCCCAAGGAAACCUCCUUGAGAGAAAGACUGUUGGGAGUGCAGACUCUUACAUCUGAUGUAGUCUUGGAACCACAGACCAUCGCACGUGAUGUACUCGCGUCUGUUCAGUCCAAGAGAGCAGACACACUUUCUAGUCUGACUACAAGAACCGAGAAUACAGGAUUGUUUGCGUCUGAUUCACAGGACUCGACAGUAAGCGACAAGAUUCAAAAUUCUGACUCACAGUCUUCUACAGUCUCAAGUGUUUCGUCAGCAAGCGGUUUGCCACCCACAGACUUUGUGUUUGCUCCUGGUUCAUUUGAUAUUAUCUUGUGUGUCGAUAACAGAGAGUUUUAUGGAGGUGGGAAGACAAAUAAUAAACCUCUGCUGCCAGACCUGAUACGGAAUGGCGUAGAGUGUGACCUUCGACCUCUUCACGUAGGAGACAUGUUGUGGAUUGCCAGAGAGAAAUCACAGAAAUUACCAGGGCAGAUACGUAAGCCUCAAGGGAGAGAACUGGUCCUGGACUAUGUGAUCGAGAGGAAGAGAAUGGAUGACCUUGUCAGCAGUACAAUUGACGGCAGAUUCCGGGAGCAGAAGUUUCGUCUCAAGCGAUGUGGUGUACAGAAUGCGAUAUAUUUGAUAGAAGAAUACGGAUCGAUGCAACAUUUCAGUAUUUCUGAAGACAAACUGAAACAGGCUAUCACAAACACACAGGUUAUUGACGGCUUCCAGAUAAAGAAAACCCAUGAUGUUAAAGAAACAGUCACAUACUUGACCGUUUUAACGAGAUAUCUUCAGAGUUAUUACAGGGGUAAAACAUUACAUGCUUGCAAUCUAGAAGUAUUACAAGAUAUGAGAAGAAACUGUCAGUUACAAGAUGGUGAACAGAUUCUGAUUGAGUUUCAACAUUUCAACCACGGAUCUUUGAAGAGCAAGAAUUUGACAGUGCAUGAGAUGUUUGGAAAGCAGUUAAUACAGCUCCAUGGGAUGUCUGCAGAUAAGGCCAAGGCCAUAGUAGACCAGUACCCAACAGUUAUGCAUUUAUAUGAUGCCUAUUCUUCCUGCCACACUGACAAGGAAAGAGAGUCUUUGCUGGCUAAUAUUAAAGUUGGAAAACUUGGGAGGAACAUGGGUAUUGGACAAAGCAGACAAAUAUGUCACCUGUAUUGGACAAACUCAGCACUGACGUAAUCAAUGUGCUUAGAGAUUUUGUACCAAAGAAAAUGAUCAACAGUAUUCAGUGCUUCUUAAUCUGUAGACUGGUCCGAGUCUUACAAAGAAUCUCUAUUGGUCUGUGUAGCAUUAGAUAAAACACAGAUCUAGCAGUUAUUAAUAGACAGAAAUGGCUGGAAUCUAAAUAUUGGUUUACAUCACUUCCGACCAGACAGUGAGCAGCAUCAAAAACAUUGAGAAUCACUGGUCAAGAAACUAAGAAUCCACUCCAUGUGUCUGUUUGUUAUUAAAAAAAAAAUCUAUUGUAUUCAUUGUUAAUCUAUUAAACUGUUAUAGUAUAAUGGCAGAGUUGCAUCAAGACAGUUGACUAAGUGAAUAGUUCAUUAAAAAUAUUGCAUGAAAUAUAUUAUAUAUUUAAUUUGUCCAAAAAUGUGUGUAGUUAUUAAUCAUUUCUCACAUAUUUUUUGCUGUUUUGGUAGGCCUAUAUAUCAUUGAAUUAGAAUUACAUGGCCAUAAAUCAGAAGAAUAACUUGGUUAAUGUUUUAGCUUUUGGUAACUUUAAAAUGUGUGUAAGAACUACUUAUUGUUGUAAGAUUAGCAGGAGAGGCACAUAUAUUUCAUCUGACUAUGCCUUUAGUUGGAGAAAUCUUAUGUGACCUUGCAUUUAAAUAUGUUUACUCAGGUUUGCAAGUUAUUUACAUGUCUGCCUUUCUUUUCAAAUUGUUUUGUUCCAGAAUUGAUAGCACAAUUUGAUAGGAAGCUAAGAGAAUCUUUAGUAGUGUAGGGGGGAGGACAGUUGUCCCCUUGAAAAUUUCACCCUUUUUUUUUCACUCCAGAAAAUAGCAUACACAUCUCAGGGUAUAAUUUGUAUAGUGUUUCAUUUGUUUAUAAAAAGUAGCACCCCUCUUAGGAUUUUGAUCAGGUUAGGGCCCAGAAGAGUAUCCCAAGGCUAGAAUCACCAGGGAUUUUAUCCAGCACUUUUUACCAUGGUAAUGGGGGGGAAAUUAAGGAUAGUAAAUCAUAAAUGGCAUAUUGUUUUCAGGCCACUGAAUGAUGCAGUAUGCCACCGUUAAAUUAAUUUAUUGGAACAGACAAUUAAAUUGGGGUUCGUAGCAUUCUUUAAAUUCUUUGAAAGUCUGAAUUUGAAAAAAUAUAUUUUUAGGUCUUUGAAAAAGUCUUUGAAUUGUAAUAAAAGUCUUUA